AUUUUCCCCUUUUUCCUGAAAAUCUUUUCCGAGAACCAUCCCAUGCAGGGAAGCUCCUUUGGGCCCGGAACUAAAAAUUUAUCAGGUCAGCCCACCCAAAAGGAUCAUUGCUGAACCGGCCGGUUCUCUGAUGAGCCGACCAUUACCGAUUCAUUGUCGCCUUCCUCGUUGAAGCUACGGUGCUUUAGCUCACCUCCCUAAGUUCCACCACUCGAAAAUCCCGCAAAAAUGGCGAUAUUGCUAGCAGCGGUUUCCUGCCUACGCUCCGCUCCAAAUUCCAAACCCUCUCUCCCUACCCAGCCCAAGCGGAAAUGCCGUCCCGUUCCUCAGCUCCGACCCGGGAUUCAGACUAGAAUACCUGCUGCCGUGAAGAACCUGACAGCCCUCACCGGCCUUCUCGGUGCGGGCUUCGCGGUGGCGCUUGUGGGCCCUGCAUUUGCAGCUGGGGACUUACCCUUUUCGCAGCUGAGUGAGCCCUCCAACGCUCUGUCUCUGCCUACGUGGGUUGUCCACGUAUCCAGCGUCGUUGAAUGGAUUACGGCGAUGGCAUUGGUGUGGCAGUAUGGUGAGGCGUCUGGGGUUGAAUCCUGGAAAGGUCUCUCUUGGGGAAUGGUGCCCCUGCUUGGGGGAGCGUUCUGUGCUUGCACGUGGCAUUUCUUUUACAAUUCUGAAUCUCUUGAGGUUUUAGUGGCUCUUCAAGCAGCACUUACCGUCAUAGGGAAUAUUACGAUGUGUCUGGCUGCAUUUCGUAUAUACAGAGCAACGGAGAAAAGCUCCAAAAAUAUGUGAAGUUUCUCUAGCAGCUUCUUAUCUGUCCAUCUGCAAUACGGUCCAUGGAACUGUUUACAGCCUCCUACUUUAAUUCGCAUUGACAUGUGACGGGCCCAAACCUUUCUCAUCAGCUGAGAGCUGAAUGCUGGAGCAGUUACUAUACUGGCCAAUGGAGAGAGAAAAAUGGAUUUGUUUAAUCUCAUAUUUCUGUUGGGUUUAUUGGAGCAAAAUUAUCAGGUUUCUUGAGGUGGGGUGACAUGUAUUUCGUAGAUAUUUGGGUUGAUCCGGGAUGGCUGCAUCUGAGAACUUUUUAGUUACUAUUAUUUUCAAAUAUUGAGGUACAAGUUGUACUUUGAUCAAUGUCUAGCGAUGUUUGUAAUUAGCAUCUGUUUAGUAAUGAGGAGUGUACAAAUUUCAUUAAACAAGAAGAAUAACAAUGGAAGAUUAUCACCUA